CUACUGGGGUUUUUCCCCCAAACCCUGGAGCAAUUUCUGUGCCUGCGACAGCGAGGAGAGGGACCUGGGAGUGCAGAGAGUCCCCUCGGCCCCCCGGGGGGGGGUGGCGGCGGAGAGGUUCUAGGAUAACGCCGCUCAGAGGGGCGGAGCCGGGUUUGAAUCCACCGCGGCUGGGUUUGGACGGCGCGGGCUGUGUGUUAGCGGCGGCGGCCCAGGGGCGAGCCCGGCGGGGAGGGCGAUCCCCGGCUUUUGGCCAGGAGGGUGGCAGGUUCUUGCUCCAGGGAAACCUGCCGGAACGGAGAGCCGGGGUCUAGAAGGCUGGAUGCGACGCUCGCUGGAUGCGGAGCUUCCAGCAAACGCAGGCGUCUGGAGGGCCGCGAAGUGCGGGCGUGAGAGAUGGAUGCCAAUUCAAAAGACAAGCCCUCUGAAACCAAGGAGUCUGCUAUUAAUGAUGCUGAAAAUGCCUGUUUCAUUUUGGGAACUGGAAAUAUUGUGACUCCUCAGGAGCGUGUGGCAGAAAUUCCUCCUAAUCUUUGCACACCAGAUCCUUUUAAAUCACCUUUGAACUUUUCCACGGUGACUGUAGAACAAUUGGGAAUUACACCUGAAAGCUUCGUUAAGAGCACUUCAGGAAGGUCACCGUCCUCUCUUAAAAAAUCCAGACGAAGGUCUGCAAUUGGUGCUCGGGGCUCUCCAGAAACAAACCAUCUAAUUCGUUUCAUUGCGCAGCGGCAGAGUUUAAAGAAUGCCAGGAGAUGUCCUUUGGCCCAGAAUUCUCCUGCCCAGGGCAGCCCUGUGCUAUAUCGAAAUGUCAACUCUUUAAGAGAGCGUAUGUCUGCUUUCCAGUCAGCUUUUUACUCCAUUAAGGAAAACGAGAAAAUGGCUGACUGUCUGGAAUCCUCUGAGGCAAAAAGAGAGUGUGAGGCAACAGACUUGACCAAAAAGGAAGAUCUUCCUGAAUAUCAGCAGUCUGGAUUCCCUACAGAGUUAUCAUCCAAACGCCGGAGAAUAUCCUCUCAGAGCAACUCUGAUGAAAAUCUAACUGAUGGGGAAGAAAAAAUCAUUGAGCUUCAGCUGUUCAGUAUUGAUACCGACAGAAUAGGUGCCGCUGACAUGUCUGCAGACCUUUCUCUGAAAUCAUCUGAACUGGGUUCAACGCAGGCUGGAACUUUAGCUGAAGCGUCUGCUCCUCUUACACAGUUCACAGAGGCUUCGGAUGAACUCAAGGUUGCUGACUGUGUAGAGGACAGAGGAUCAAGUGAUGCCGUGUCACCGGACACCUUCGCUGCAGGUGCCGGCUCAGACACAGUCUCUGACUUGAGGUCACCAGUGACUGCAGUGUGGGGGAGGGACCUUCCACCCAGUGAGACCUUUGUACUUCGUUCUGUACUGAAGAAACCCCCUGUCAAGCUGCUUCCUGAGAGCUUACAGGAGCAUUGUAACAACCUUUAUGAUGAUAAGACACCACGCUUACUCUCAAAUCCUGCAAAUUGUUGCAAAGAACGAAAAGUGGAAGAUGAAGAAAGUUUUAAAACACCGACCUUUGUUAAUAUGAGGAAAAGAAAGAGAGUUACUUUUGGAGAGGACCUAAGCCCUGAGGUGUUUGAUGAGUCUUUACCAGCAAAUACCCCAUUACGUAAAGGAGGAACACCUGUUUGUAAAAAGGAUCUAAGUGAUACCAAUUCUCAGCCACUUGAAAUGUCACUGGUUCCUGAGAUACUACCUCAACCAAAUUUUGAUGACAAGGGAGAGAAUCUUGAGAACAUAGAACCCCUUCAGAUUUCCUCUGCAGUUCUGAGUCCUUCUAGCAAGUCUCCAAUCUCUGAGACUCUUUCAGGCCCUGAUCCCUGCAGGCCUUCAAACAGCCAUGAGAAAAUAGCCUCUGGUAAAGUGGGUGCUAUCACUCGGACUUCCAACAAAAGAAAUCAAUUGAUCAGUUUUGCAGAAGAUAGUGCUGGCAACUUAUUUGAUACAGAAGCCCAGCCUUGUAAAGAAAAGAAAAUUAACAGAAGGAAGUCUCAAGAAACCAAGUAUGCAAACAGAGCAGUGCCUAAGAAGAAUCAGGUUUUAAAAAGUUACAGAAAGAAGAAAAGAAUGAAAAAGAAAAGUGUUCAGAAAUCCUUAUAUGGAGAAAGAGACAUUGCUUCUAAGAAGCCCGUCUUGAGUCCUAUUCCAGAGGUGCCAGAGGUCUCGGAGAUGACCCCUUCAGGGCCAGGCUGCUGGGGGAUGUGUUCAGAUGAUUUCAACUCAAAUGGUAAACUUGAAGAAGUAAAGAUGCCUAAAAAUCCAGUUACAAGAAUCAAUCUUUUGCCUCUGAACCUGGAAGAUUUGCAUAUGAAUCAAGGCUUUGAUAAACACGUUGAUUCUGACUUCUGCUCUUCCAGAGAAAGGUCUUCCUUCCUUGAUAAUGCUACUUCUGAUGAAAGUCCAAAUGUAAACGAUGAAAAGAAACAUAUCCCCCAAGCAGAAAGUAAGUUGGAAAGUAAAACUGAGCCACAAACUGGGGCUGACAGUCACAUUGCUGGUGUGUCUGGGACUGAAGAACACACUGCAGAUGAUCCAGAACUUGAUUUUAUCACACAGGCUCCAGAAUUGGCUGCUGCCGCCGGUCAGAAUGCAGAAACCCUCUGUCAAAGGUUAAAAAUGUGGAAAGAUUUAAAGUGUGAAAAACAAGAUGACUGCUUAGUAGCGGUGAUGGGGAAACUUCAGCGCAGCUCCUUACUGGCUGACUCACAGAAAGAAUUGAAUCGUUUUCAAGAUGCCCUCACUGACAAUAAGAAAGAAUCUAAAAGGCAAAAGGAGGAUUUGGGAAACAAAUCUGCAAAAAGUCUCAGCGUUAGGAGUUGUAGAGAAAGGAAGCUUAGAAGAUACUCUUCAUGUUAUUCUGAUAGUCAGAGUUCACAUUUGGAAGGAAAUGGAAAUCACAAACCUUCCCACCAUGUGGGCAGCUCUGCAGAAAUUAGUAUAGAAAAUUCUGAACUGUACAAAGAUUUAUCUGAUGCUAUCGAACAGACCUUCCAGAGAACAAAAAGUGAAACCAGAGUACGGCGGAGCACAAGGUUGCAGAAAGAUUCGGAGAGUGAAGGGCUUGUGUGGAUUCCACUUCCGUUUCCUUCCACUUCCCGAAAUACCAGGAGGAGAACAGUAUGUACAGGAUUUGAAACUCUGUCUCCCAGAAAAGAUGCCAUGUCCUGCAGACAAAAACCGUGCGUAGCGCCUUCUUUCUCAGAUACAGAAAAUAUCCAGGGCCCUGCAGCUGAUUCUUCUGAUUUACCUGGUAAGAGGAGGAAAAGCUUUUGUACUUCCACACUUGAAAAUGCUAAAACCUCUGCCCAGUCAACACGCUGCAGAAGAAGCAGCUUUGUCAGGGAGAAGGAAGGAAGCUCUCUAAUGGACUUUGCACAGAGCGGAGACCCAAGCAGUAAUUGACACUUCCAGCCUAGCAUUUGGUGAGAGAGAAGGUAGCCACCUAUGCUGAGAAGAUUCAUCUGGCUCCCAGCCUUUGUUCACCUUCAGUGUUUUAAAAGUUUGAAAUUCAUUAAAAAAAAGUUUCCAAAAAUCAUUUGAGUUGAACCUACUUUUAAGCAGAAAUAAAUUUCUCCAUCAUUCAGAAAGAAAAUAUUCGAUUAAAUACGCCCUUCUGCUCCAGAAAGUAAAUGCUUUAUUACCUACCAUUUUGCUGAAGUGAUUUGUUUCUAGACCCAACAAUGUUUCUGAAUUUUUAUAGAGACAUAUGUUCCUAAGUACCUAUACAUUUAAAUACAUGUUUAUCACUGAAGGUUUAAACUCUGUUGUAAAAGCAUCUUUUAGAAUGGACUGAUUUUAUCUGAAUUACAGGGUUGGGGGCGUUUGAUUUUUUACAAAAAACAAAUUGAUAGAAUUAGUAGAACUUUAUGAAAAGUGAAGGUAAUAUAAAUUUUUAGAAAGUGGAGUCAGAUGUGUAUUUCUUAUGAAAUAUGGCAAAAAAACUGGUUAAUUUUUUUUGACAAUUAGGGGAAAUGGAAAUUAUGAAACUUGUUUUCCUUCUGGUUAAAUUUAAAGACAAUUUUUGAUGACUUGCUUUAUCCAUCUCAACUGACAUUUUUUAAUUUUAGUAGUCAAAAUCCAAUUCUGAACAUGAGAUUUCAGAAAAUUAUAUCAAUAACCAGAAUUUUAUAAAUCUGUCCUUAUAAAGGAAUAUGCAAUUUUAAUGUGAGGCCAUUUUUUUCCUUCAAAAAAAAAUUCCUUUAUGCUUUCUUGGCUGUAUAUGGAAGAACUGGUUUUUGGCAAAAAUAUAACAGUUUGGUUAAAGGUUGGCCUCCCAGAUAAUUCUGAUUAGUCACAGGCAAUUUAGGAUUUAAUUCACGGAUCUUCCAUAAAAACAUUUCAAAACCAGAAACUCACUUCAAGAGACCCUAAAAACUGAGUUGACUAAUGUGAAGCAGGGCAGGUCACUGAUUUAACAUUCUAUUUUCUAGCAGUUCUGGCUUUUUAUUUUGUAACGUCUAGUUUUCUCUGGUUAAGUUUUUGCACUAUCUCCAAUGGCUAUUUUGGUGAUAGCAGUUUGAAAAUCUAACUUGCUAUAUAUUGGGAUUUCAUGAAUGUGUAUAAA